AUGGGUUCUUCAUUGAGAAGCUUUAUCAAAGAUGUUCGUGGUGCUAAAACUCUGGCGGAUGAAAGAGCCAUCAUUACAAAACAAUCUGCCAAAAUAAGAACAAAGUUGAGAGAUGAUCAUCUGCCCCAUGAAAAAAGGCGAGUGAAUAUACAGAAACUCUUAUAUCUAUACAUUUUGGGAGAAAAAACACAUUUUGGCCAGGUGGAAUCGAUCAAUCUAGUUGCUUCUGAUGAAUUUGUCGAUAAAAGGUUAGGCUAUCUCGCUGCGACUUUGUUAUUGGAUGAAUCGGAGGAUUUAUUAACUCUCUUGACAAACAUGUUAAACAACGAUUUGCAUCAUCCUAAUAAAUACGUAGUGUCACUCGCAUUAACCUCAUUGGGGUUUUUGAGCUCUCCUGAGCUAGCCAGAGAUCUCUAUCCAGACGUGGAGAAUAUCAUCAAAAAUUCGAGAGAUCCUUUUCUUUUGAAAAAAGCUCUCCAAUGUGCUGCCAAGUUAAUUUUUAAAGAUGAUUCUCUUUUGGAAAUCUUCAACAUUGAAGACAUAACUAGGGUUUUAUCGAAUCAUUCGAUAUGUACCCACGGUGUCCUUUUAGGUAUCACAAAAAUUCUACAAUCUAUUCUGUUAAUUGGAUUGAACGGAAAUAAAGAAGAAGAGGAUGGCAUUGAUUACAACAAUGACAUCUUGGCUCCAUUAUCUUUACUGUUGCGUGAGUUUUUCGUUCGGUUGGAAAAUCUAAAUUCUAAAAAUAUUGAACCUGGGUACGACGUUCAAGGCAUUUGUGACCCAUUUUUGCAGUGUGAAAUGAUUUACACUUUACAACUAUACUUUCAGGUUGGAGAGCUGUUAGAUUCGAAGCAUGUAUUGGGCUAUAAAGAUAACUUUUGUGAUUUAUUGACUCGUAUUGCUACUAAUACGGAUUCAACGAAAAACAGCGGACAGGCCAUUCUCUAUGAGACAGUAAAGACUAUCUUUUCUUUGAAUUUGAACCAACCUCUCCGUGUUCUUGGUGUUAACAUUUUAGCCAAGUUUCUUGCAGGAAAAGAUAACAAUACGAAAUACGUAUCUUUGAACACCUUAUUGAAGGUUGUUCCACAAGAGCCCACGGCAGUGCAAAGGCAUAGGAAGUUCAUAUCUCAUUGUUUACAAGAUAACGAUGUUUCUAUUCGCAUGAGAGCUUUGGAGUUGAGCUUUGCCAUCUUGGAUGGUUCAAAUUUAGUGGAAUUAGUUAAUGAAUUAAUGAAGUUUUUGGCCAAACAGGAUGAAGAUUCAAAGGAUCUUAUAAUAUACACUAUAGAUCAUUUAGUUGAUACUUUCGAUACCCAUGUUGUCAAGGAUGAAAGUUGGAAAUUAGAUGUUUUUUUAAAUAUCUUAAAAUUGGUGGGACCGUUCAUCAAUUAUGAAAAAAUUAAUGAUAUUUUAAUCAUAAUAAACAAUACAACCAAAUUAUUCGACAAAUCUAAUUUUUUACAAAAACUGCUAUCACUUUCAUUAGAUGGAGAAUCAAUGGAAAUUUCUGACGAUAAUAUUGGUUGGCAGUUGGUUUUGGUUUGGUGCAUUGGUGAAUAUGGUGAUUUAGUAUUAAAUGGGGAUAAUAAAAAUAAUACAAGUUCAAUCAAUGAGUCAUCGAUCACUGAUUAUCUACUAAAUUUACAGGAGUGCUAUACGACAACCAAUCACAAGAUAAUCAACUACAUUUUAACAACCGCAUUGAAGUUAUCUAUAAAAAUUUUUGAUGCCAAAAAUAUUGAAAAGUUGAGACAGCUGAUAUUAAACUAUGCGGAUUCCACUGAUCUGACACUUCAAAUGAAGAGCAACCAAUAUGAAAUUUUUUUCAAUCAGUCCUUAUCUGUUAAAAAAACCAUUUUAGAAACAAUGCCCAAAUUCGAAAAGAUUGCUGAAAAAUCCAAUAAUGUAAAAGGAUCAUCUAAAAAUCUCAUCUCCAAUGAACCGAUUGAUUUACUGUCAGAUUUAUUGAACGAAGAUUCAAAAUCUGAAACGAAAGAUUCAACCGGUGACAAUGUUAAACCCAUCGAUAUAUUGGAAGAGAUUUUUGGAGAAAAGAAUGAUAUUACUCAACCACUCAAGAGAGGAGAAGAAGAAGAAAAAUCAACUAAUCAUCCAACAGUAGCCAUCACGAACGCAGAUGUCAUCCUUCCCUCGGAUGCCACCAAAAUUUAUGACAGUUCCUCAUUGAACGUAUAUGCUUCUUUACUCUCAGUAAGUUCUGGAUUGGCACAUUUAGAUUUGUUUUUUCAGGCAAAAUCUUUAAUAUCAGAUCUACAAACUUUCUGUGCUGUUCCUAAAGCCCAAAAGCUAACAUUAGGUCAAUUAUACCCAUCUUCAACAAUAAAGGCCAGUCAAGUUUGCAAACAGUCUUUAAAAGUAUCAGGAUCUGGAAAACUUAAGUUAAGGAUAAAGUUGGACUUUCAUUUAAAUGGUUCUUCAUCUACGACUAAUGAACAAUUUGAUCACAAAUUCAAUGAAAGUCUAUAA